CCAGGAGAGACACACACAAACGCACACAUUUUGUGAGAAAGAAAAUUCACACACAUAGAGACAAACACACACAUUAAUGCAUAACUAUAAUCACACACUGACACAUAUUUUAUGUACGGACAGGUAGACUCACAGGCGGACACUAAGAGAGGGAGACACAAGAAGACAGCCCUCCUGGAAGACAUUACAGAGAUUUAAGACAGAUAAGAUACUAUUUCUCCAUGAUGGAAGACUCUUUGCGGAAACAUAUCCUAGCUCUGAGUGUUUUUCAAUGGGUGCUGACAUUUCUUCUGAUGGGAGCCAUUUUCACACUCCUAUUUUUGUAUCUGAUGUUUACCUCAUUAUGGUUGAUUCCUGUGACAUAUUUCACAUGGUUGUUCUUUGACUGGGAUACUCCAGAAAGAGGUGGUCGUAGAACUCAGUGGGUGAGGAGAUGGACUGUAUGGUCAUGUUUCAGAGAAUAUUUCCCUAUAAAGCUGGUGAAAACAUCCUCACUUAGUCCUGAUAAGAAUUAUGUUCUGGGUUGUCAUCCUCACGGCAUCUUAUCUACUGCUGCCUUCUGUAAUUUUGCAACUGAAGCUAAUGACUUUUCCAACCUGUAUCCCGGGGUCUGUCCUUGGCUAGCGGUUCUUGCAGGCAUAUUCCGUCUGCCUGUUUUUCGGGAUUAUUUAAUGUCAGCAGGCAUUGUCCCAGUGAGUAAGGACAGCAUACGGUUCCUGCUUUCUCAAAGCGGUUCAGGAAACGCAGUCUUCAUUGUAGUGGGAGGUGCAGCAGAGUCCUUGCAGAGCAGCCCAGGGGAGCAUAUAGUCAUGUUGUCAAGGAGAAAGGGUUUUGUAAGACUGGCUCUGCAAAACGGGGCAGAUCUGGUCCCAGUGUAUUCCUUUGGUGAAAACGACAUCUUUGAGCAAGUCCGUUUUAACCCAGAUUCCUGGGGUUGGAAGUUGCAGCUUCUCUUUCAGAAACACGUAGGAUUUGCUCCAUGCUUGUUUCAUGGUAGAGGAGUGUUCAAUGUGGACAGUUGGGGCAUCAACCCUAUCCCACGCACUCUUACCACCGUGGUUGGACGUCCUAUUUGUGUGCCUUACUCUCCAGUGCCCUCGGAAGAAGACGUGUCCUACUAUCACAAUCUAUACAUGCAGGGGCUUAAGCAACUCUUUGAUGAGCACAAGGUUUCCUGCGGACUCUCUGAAAACGAUACUCUCCGCAUCAUCUAACCAUGACGUCUUCUUCCCAGAGAUGUGAUAGAAGAACUACAAACUGGAAGCAAGAGGACAUUUGUGUGUGGGUGGGGAGGAUUUACAUACUCCAAGUGACUGCAGCGUUAUUUAACUCCUUCGUGACUGAGCCUUUGCCGAAAUUCCGUACUUUCGUGACGAGGCCUCCAUGGUGCUUUUGCUAUUUGUUUGUUCCACCAUAAUUUAAUGUUUUCACUGUACGUGCACCUAUAGAUAGUAUAUAUUAUUUUUUAAAGGAUAAGUAGGACU